AUGAAGGUCUCCACAGCGCUUCUGUGCCUGCUGCUCACAGCUGCUGCCUUCAGCCUCCAGGCACUUGCUCAGCCAGAGGGGAUUAAUAGCCCAACAACCUGCUGCUAUAGAUUUACUGUUAGAAAGAUCCCCAUCCAGAAGCUGAAGAGCUACAGAAGAAUCACCAGCAGCUAUUGUCCCAGGGAAGCCGUGAUCUUCAAGACCAAACAGGCCAAGGAGCUCUGUGCUGACCCCAAGCAGAAGUGGGUCCAGGAUUUCAUGGAGUACCUGGACAAGAAAACCCAAACCUCAAAGCUAUGA